GGGGGACAGAGGGAGAGCGCACGAGCAGAGAGGAAGCAGGACGCACCGGAUCACAUAACAAUCACACUAACGGAUCAAUCAGUGAGGACUGCUUCUGCACGUGUGUGUGGGCGCGCGUGAGACAGACAUGGAACCAAGGUUCUCCUGAUAGAGAACCGCAGAGGAACCCAGCGGACCUGAAGGAGGACAGGCACCGGGCGCGCGGAACAUGGCCCACGUAGGCAACGGAGCGACCGCAGAGGAGGAGGACUGCUUUGAGGACGCCUACGACAGAAUACCUGCGGCCUGUCACAUGGACCUGCAGACAGCCAUCCAGGAGACUCAGUGUGCUCUCAAUCUGGUCCUCAACGACAAGUUCUCUGAAGCCCUGGAUCUCCUCAAGCCAUGGCGGAAGGACAGCAUGUACCAUGCGUUGGGUUACAGCAGCAUCCUGGUGAUGCAGGCGACGAUGACCUUUGACCAAAGAGACAUCCAGGCGGCCAUGACGACCAUCAAGGAGGCGCUCCAGACCUGUCAGAGGUUCAGGAAGAAGAACUCGGUGGUCGGCUCUCUGUCCAGUCUGAUCAGCAAGCAGUCCAACCUGCAGGAAGAGGAGAUGCACGCAGAGAUCUGCUACGCUGAGUGUCUGCUGCAGAAAGCCACGCUGACGUUUGUACAGGAUGAAAACAUGAUCAGUUUCAUCAAAGGAGGCAUAAAGAUCCGAAGCAGCUACCAAAUCUACAAGGAUUGUCAGAAUUCGCUGAAUGCCACUCAGAACCUGGGCGGCCAGUCAGAUGCGUUCAGGCAGUUUGAGGGCGGAGUCAAGCUAGGCAUCGGAUCCUUCAACCUGAUGUUGUCUCUCCUCCCUCAGAGGAUUUUGAGGUUGUUGGAGUUCAUCGGAUUCUCAGGAAACAGGAGGUUUGGUUUGUCUCAGCUGAGAGACGGAGCCUCCAGUCACAGUUUGCGGUCGAUUCUCUGCGCUCUGACUCUGCUCUUCUACAACACAUAUGUGUCACUGAUACUUGGAACCGGAGAGGGGAACCUGGUGGAGGCUGAAGCUCUGCUGGAGCCGUACCAACAGAAAUACCCCAAAGGCUCCAUCAUUCUGUUCUACUCUGCUCGUAUCCUCACGCUGAGAGGAAACUUCGAGAAGGCCCGGGCGAGGUACGAGGAGUGCAUCAGCAGCCAGCAGGAGUGGAAGCAGAUCCACCACCUGUGUUACUGGGAGCUGAUGUGGAACCACUCCUACCAGCAGGAGUGGCAGCAGGCAUACCAGUACGCCGACCUGCUGUGCAAGGAGAGCCGCUGGUCCAAGGCAAUCUAUGUGUACCAGAAGGCGGCCAUCCUCAGUAUGAUGUCAGAGGAGGAGGUGAAGAAGACGGGGGAGGACAUCAUGGAGCUCUUUAGGCAGGUGGAGGGUCUGAAACAACGCCUGGCGGGGAAGUCGAUUCCAACAGAGAAAUUCGCCGUGAGGAAGUCGAGACGCUACAAAGCUGCUAACGUCGUCCCCCUGAUCAUCCCCGCCCUGGAGAUGAUGUACGUUUGGAACGGUUUCACCAUCGUCGGGAAGAGAGCCGACAGCACCGAGGCCCUGCUGGUUACCAUAGAGACGGCUGAGGAACAGCUUCGCUGCGAUCCCAGCCCCUCAGAGUUUCAUCCAGACGACAGCUGCCUGGUCCAGAUGUUGAAGGGACUCUGUCUGAAACACCUGGGCAGAUUACUGCAGGCCGAGCUCUGCUUCACGCAGGUCCUGUCCAGUGAGAGUCGUAUCAGAUACGAUCACUACUUGAUUCCCUUCACUCUCUAUGAGUUGGGUCUGCUGUACAAACAACAGGGAGACUUCACCAAGGCCACCACAAGCAUCGAAAACGCCAAGACGAACUACAAAGACUACUCCAUGGAGAGCAGACUGCACUUCAGGAUCCACGCGGCCCUCAACAGCCUCAAAGGAUCCCCGGUUGGCACCCCAUAAUACUCAGAAACACACCUCGGACCAGUGUCGUGAAUCUGAAGUGCGUCGGGGGUUUGAUGUCCACCAAGACUCUCUCAUUCUCCAUUGCUUGCUACCUUAUAUUAUAUUUGUAUGUGUCCUUAUUUAUUAUUAUUAUAUUUUUGUUAAAUUGUGUGGACAGAUGAGAUUAUUCAAGCUUCCCGUCAAUACUAAGAUUUGAUUGCUAGAAGCCAAAUGUCAAAUUAAUCAACUCACUACAGAACUUAUCGAUGGCUCCUUUGUGAGUAAGGAGACAAGGACACACUUUGAGAGCUUGUUCAUUCAGACGCUUCAUCUUUGGAUUGCUGCAACAAAGCUGCACUUUUUGAUUUAAAAGCACUAAUUAAAUAGAGGUUUAAACUUUAAAACCACAAGGAGAACCAUGGAGACAACCUCCAGUUCUGAACAGUGAGGCUUUAAAGCUGCAUUCUCUCUAGUGUCCACCAGGGGG